AUGGAAAAUGAAGUUGACAUUGAUGCAAAACUUGCGAAUUCAGAAAUUUCAAUCACUCCAAUACCAAUGACAGUUUUUAAUAUAACAAUGCGACCAUCAAAAUUUAAUGCUAAACAUUUGAAUCGAUCAAGUAAUAAUAACAAUAAUAUUUAUAAUUACUUAAUUUUGGAUGAAGUAAGUUAUACGAAAUUAAAUGAAUCAAAUAUGUAUGAUUCAUCAUCAACAGCUAUAUCAAAUAUCGAUGAUCAAAAUAUUUCACUAAAUGAUUUAUUGUAUGAUGAAAAUGAAAUAUACAAUGAUUUAUAUACCGAUGAUUCACUCUCAUCAACAACAACAACAACACAACAAACAAAUGAUAUGACAAUACCGCCUGGUGCAAAAUUAACAAUGGAAAGUUUAUCAUUGCAAAAAAUGCAUCAAAUAAGAUCGGAACCGGAAAUGGCAACCACAUCAAUUUUGCAUACAAUCAAUAAUCAAAUUAAAAAUGCUAAUGAGCAUGAUAAUAGCUUAAUUUCAAUAGAUAAUUCGUCAGUAUCAUAUGAUGAUACUGAAGAAUUGAUAGAAGAAACUGAUCCGGAAAAUCGCAAUACUGAAAAUGCAAUAACUACAACUCCAACAACAAUAUCACAAAUAAUAAAUUCAAUAAAAUCUGAUAUUACCAGACGUACAUUGGAUGAAAAUUUAAAUGAUCAAAUUACAACUGGAACAACAUCUAUUCCUGAAAUUGAAGAAAUUGCUGAUAAAAAUAUGAAUCAUAAAAAAAUUAUUCAUCAAACAUUAACAGUACUUAAAACGGAAAAUGCUAUCAGCGAUGAUUCAUCGUUAUCAAUUGCAUCAACAAUAUCACCAUCUGUUUCCACUUCAAUAUCAUUUGAGCAAGCAAUGAAUGAACUUUUAUCAUCUGAUUCAAAUUUUCUACACAAAUUAAAUACAUUAAAUUUACAAUCUCAAAUUAAUGCUACUACUACUACUGCUAGCGAUACUGAUAAAGAAUUGAUAAGCAGCACUGAUAAGAAUGACAAUAUUUUUAACACUAUAGCAUUGCAGUCAUCACCUUCGUCAAUAAUCGCUAAAACUGAAAAUUCAUUUUUUCAACAAAAAUUCAAAACAGGCAGAAAUGAUAUCACUUCAGUUAACAAUCCAUUUUGGAUAAUGAUGAUGAAAAUUUGCGAUCAAUAUCCAAACAGUGUAUCUUUACCAGUUACAACAAUCGUUCCGGUAAAUCUGAUCCGGAAUUCUUUUGCUAAUGAUGAAAAUUUGCAAUCAAAUGCGGAAAUUUCAACAGUUGACAAUUUUUCGUCAGAUGAAAGUAUCAGCGAUGAUAAUACUUUCAUAAUUGAUGAUCAUACAGUAUCCAAAAAUGUAUCUUUAUCAGUUACAACAACCGUUCCGGAAAAUCUGAUACGGAAUUCUUUUGCUAAUGAUGAAAAUUUGCGAUCAAAUGCGGAAAUUUCAACAAUUGGCAAAUUUUCGUCAAGAUGA